AUGGAGAAAGACGUGGCAUACCUUUGUGAUCAUUGCAAGGACAGUACGUGUGCCAGUGAAAAUAAAUCAAAAACUUAUCGCUGGCUGUUUUCAUUAAAAACCUUAUUCAUGUGUGCUAAAUGUUCAAGGUACUUUAACAUAGGAUUCAGAGUAACGGAUAAGACAUCAUUACUUGAUCCAGACAAAAACUCAUUGCAAGGAUUAGUUGACGGGCAGUGCGAAAAUGCGCGUGACGAUGAAGGAUCCAGAAAUGAACAUAAAAUCCAAGAAAACCAGCCAACCGGUUCAAAUGAAAAAAAGUAUAAAUGUGACAUUUGCCUUCAAACUUUCAAAACUAAAUAUAGCCUUUUAAAUCACAAGAACAUACAUAAUGAAAAUAGUCCUUUCAGAUGCGAGCACUGUAAUACAUGCUGCAGAUCUAAAGCAGAUUACCAGAAACACUUAAACAAUCAUUCCAACAUAAAACGUUAUAAAUGCAAUUUUUGCACUGCUGCAUAUAAAUUUAGAAAUAAUCUUUCUGCGCACAUGAACAUUCAUAAAGAUCAUAAUCCUUACAGGUGUGAACUGUGCAACCAGAGUUGUCCUUCUAAGCAAGUUCUUGAAAAUCACAUGACCAGUCAUUCGAAUGAAAGACGUUACAAGUGUGCUGCAUGUUCUUCGAAAUUUAAAUCUAAACCUACACUUAGUAGGCAUAUGAACGUACAUAAAGCUCGGAAUCCUUAUCGAUGUAAAGUGUGUGAUUGGAACUGCUAUUCUACUGACAAUCUCCAAGCUCACAUGAUGACUCAUUCCGAAUCAAGACAAUAG